GGCUUGGGCGGCAUUCAUAAGGACUGCAGACACCCAAGGCUGGUUGGGCUGUACUAUAAACCGAAGCCGCCAUGUGGAACUCGGUGCUGCUCUACUGGUUGGCUCUUCAUGGCUUCCAGCUGGCCACUGGUGCCGUCCAUGGCAGUGUCACCGCAGAAGAACAUCAGCCUGGCCUUCUGAAGACAGUGAGGGAGUCUCCAUUCCUGUCCGAUGUAGGUAAAGGGUCAUUUUCCAGAUAUGAGCCUGAAACCUUUGGCCCUGUAACAGAUGAGGAGCUGAUGGUGGACAAGGCUGGAGACUAUGAUGAAGAGCAGGACGUGUUCGAGGCCGUUAACCUCCAGAACCGCGCCAUCCGCUCUCCACGCCGUUGUUUCCGCCACCAAGAGUCCUGCUUGGGCCACCAGCUGCCCUGCUGUGACCCCUGUGACACAUGCUACUGCCGCUUCUUUAAUGCCAUAUGUUACUGCCGCAGGAUCAGCCAGGCCUGCCUGCACGGACGUCACUAGCACCACCUAGUGGCGAGCGGCAGAGCAGCGUCUGAGUGUGAAUCCUCACCUGUAAACGCUGCCACACGUCGACACUGUGCCUGUACGCGGGAUUCCUGCUGCUAGUGUUAUGAAACGUUACUCUGGCCAAUAAUAAAAAAGAGGUAAAUGUGACAUGCUGGGUCUGUCGCUUUAGCCUCAACUGUCGAAAAUAACAGAGAAAUAUGAAAUACAUCAUAUAUUAAAAACAACAUAUUGCGAGAGGGUCAGUAUCUUUGGCCAUAAUAAUUUUAGUCAUAAUGGUUAGUAUUAGUACACAUUCAACACAAAUAAAAGCAUCAAAAUAGUUUAAACAAACUGCAUUUUUCCAUAAACCUUUAUGUCAUUUAGCUAUAGUACAUAGAUAGUAUCUA